GCACACUCGACUCUAAUGGCGGCCAAUAAUGGAGGAGUUGAGGAGCGUGAAGCUGAAACGGAGUGACUCGUUUGGAUUUGGAUUUUCUGUCUUCGGUGGUUCUGCACAAGGCCUUCCACCUGUGAUAUACGAUGUUACGGAUAAUUCUCCGGCAGCUUUCAGUGGCCAGCUAGAGGCCGGUGAUGUUAUCGUCGAAGUCAACGACACUAAAGUCGACAGCUUCACCACCAAAGAAGUUCUAAAAUGCCUGAGGUUGGCGAACGACGUUGUGACGCUCAAGGUGAAAAAAGACCCCGCGAUCCAGGAACGCGUCAAGCGCCAGAUCCAAGCGGCGUCGGGCCCCUCCUCCAGAGAAUCGCUGCGGCAGAAAUCCGACUCCCCGCCCAGCAGUCCACCGGGCACGACGCAGAACGGUGACAGCAACGGCAGCUCUAAGCCGGACAGUCCGGUCAGCCUCGGUCCCGCUUCCUGCGCGGCACGAAAAUGCGAGAAGUUCAUAAUGACCGGCGACGUCAUCAUCACGACCGCCAGGAGUACUGUCGUGCCCCGAGUCCAGUCGACCCCGGCCAGUCCCGACCAGGCGGUCGACCCGCAAAGAGGAACGAAGCGCGAGGCGUCCUCGCUUCAAAGUCCUGUCGCUGAGAAGAAAGGAAGCUUCAGCUGUCAUGUGAGGACCUCCCGGAGCGACGACCACUUGGGCAAGGCGCGAGGCGUCGCAGCCGUCAGCAUCGACAUUGAUGUUGACGACGACAUGGCGUCGUCUCUGAAUACCUUACUCGACACGAAGCAGGACGACAGGAAGAACCUCUGGAACGACAGCGACGAGACGACAACGUCCAGUUCGGGAAAGCGGCACGCCGAAGACACCGUCAGUGAACUGGACUGCUGCACGUCCGAGAUGGCUUCUGCGUUUGGUUCCGAGGAAGCGGACCGAGUGCACGCCAGUGAGCUGGACCUCAGUUCGCCAAACUUGGGCGACGAUGAUGACAACGGUUUUUCGAAAGAAGAAGAAGACUGGCUGGCGGAGCCCGAUCUGAGCGAGUCCCACUUGAGGCAUCCGAUCCUGGACGGGCAUAGGACGCGUCGCAUGCAACAUUCGCGGUCCAACGGCUCGUCACGGACGGAUGCCUCGGAGACGUUGGAUUCCCCGCCUUCUGGUGGCACGCUCGAAGAAGAAGAAGAGGAGGAGGAGGAAGAACAGCAGCAGCUCGACGAAAUUCAACGGCCGAACGGCGGCGUACCUCCGGCAGAGGAGGAAUCUUGUCAGCACCAGCAGAACGAUGAAGAAUCGGAUGAUGCAGAAUCUCUUCACAGCUUUCAUUACAGUCCCAAAGCGGUUGAUAUGCCGUCUGCGUCUAGGCUGGCUAAGAGGCUCUACAACUUGGAGGGAUUCAAGAAGUCCGACGUAUCUCGGCACCUGAGCAAAAACAACGACUUCGCCCGUGUGGUUGCGGAGGAAUACCUGCAUUUCUUCAAUUUUUCGGGCCAGCCGCUGGAUGUCGCCCUGCGCAUGUUCCUGCAGAGAUUCUGCCUCAUUGGAGAGACGCAAGAACGCGAGAGGGUACUUGUCCAUUUCUCCAAGAGGUACCUAGACAGCAAUCCUGGGUCCUUCAGGUCGCAAGACGCUGUCCAUACGUUAACCUGCGCGCUGAUGCUCCUCAACACCGACCUCCACGGAGAAAACGUGAGCAGAAAAAUGACGUGUCAGGAGUUCAUCGACAACCUGGUGGGCCUCAACGAGGGCGAGAACUUCCACAAGGACGUCCUGAAAGCCCUCUACACCUCCAUAAAGACUACUCCUUUGGAAUGGCCAGCGGACGACUCGGAGCCAGAGGGCGGUGCGUCGCAGCAGGAGCCUGCACCCCCGGAAGGGGGAGCCAUAGGUCACAAUCCCUUCUUGGAGGUUCCUAACCCGAAUUGCGCUACUGAAUACAAGAAGGGUUACGUAAUGCGUAAAUGCUGCAUCGACCCCGGAGGCAAACGGACUCCCCUGGGUAAGCGAAGCUGGAAAAUGUUUUGUGCCACGCUUCGGGACCUGGUGCUAUAUCUUCACAAACCGAUGAAGGCUGUUCAGCUUCAAUUCUUAUCUGAAGACGAGCAAGGUUUUCGCAAGAACCAACUCUAUGAGAGCCUGCACAACUCCAUCCGGAUCCACCAUUCGCUGGCGGUACGCGCUGCAGACUACACCAAGAAACAGCACGUUUUCCGCCUGCAGACGGCAGACCAGGCGGAGUACCUCUUCCAGACGGGGGACGCGAAAGAACUUCAGAGUUGGAUCGACACGCUAAAUUUUGUGACUGCCAGUCUGUCGGCGCCUCCUUUGGCCUGUGCAGUGGGAAGCCAGAGGAGGUUCCAGAGACCACUGUUGCCAGUGAGCCAAACGAAGCUGAAUCUUAGGGAACAACUACAAGACCACGAGAAUAGGAUCGUGCAAUUGGAGAAGGAUCUGGAAGAGCAUGUGGCCCACGCUCCAGAGAAAGGAUCCAAAUCACGACUCGUCGGGGAUUUCAUCGACAAGGAAACCUUCCUCCAAUACGAGUUAAAACGGUACCGCACCUACGCCUACCUCCUACGCUCCAAGAUGGCGCAAUACCCGGAACUGGUGCCGCCCCUGGUGGAGACGAGCAUUGGGGAAGUGGAGGAGCCGACCGACAGUGGUGCCGCCCCGCCGUGUGGUUCCCCACGGACUACUAAGCCCUGCCGAAGCCCCCAAGGCGGGGGCUCGCCGGCCAGGAGCAAACGCAACCCCGUGGAGCGCUUCAGCUACAAGGCAGCGGUAUUCAACAAGGACACAGACUGUGGAUAGGAUACAUGUGUUACGAAUGCAGCAUGUUGUGGGGCCAAAGCUACGUUGAAUCGACACUGGUGAUGAAUUCCGUUCUCGAGUAGUCAGCCGGACGGUGUCGCCCGUCGCAAGAAAAAAAAAAUUGCACCGAAAUCGUGUGUGUUUUCCACAGAUGUGCUGCACACUAAUAUCCACGUGUCUAAAUUGCGCAACGACUCGGUAGCGACUGGGUUCGCAACUGGUGAGAGAGGCACGCGUGGCUCGGAAGGGCAGGUUUCUUGUCGCUUGCUCCCGAUAACACGAUUUUUUUAAAACGUAGUUUUAGUUCAUUAAAUUUUAUAGUAACUUUUUUUUGUGCUGGCAUUAUGAUUUUGUAAUGCUCUAAGUGUUUACGGAGGCUUUUAAGUGUAUAUAUGAUAUUUUGUACAAAAAAAAACGACUUAGGUGUUCCAAGGACCAAAUCUAGCCAAAAAACGGUUUCUGUUUUAAGGUGGUGUUUAACCAGUAUCUCGGAAUAUCGUGGUGAAUGAUAUACGAUAACAAUUAAGUUGCGAGGCUCGUGUAAGAGAGAGAGAGAAAUAUUUUCCGCGUACUACUUACCUUCCCUUAUCUGUUUAUGCUUUACUCAAUGGCCAAAGACCCGCAAUUAUUUCCUGCACCUUGGAGGUUUCUGAAUGAGUGCCACGACCUGUGGACAGCUAUCGAAGAUCUCGAGCAGUGUUGAUUUAGCGUGCAAGGUGAACUGCAAUCCUCACAUGGCAUUUUACGGAAGUAUACGGCCAAAAAAAAAAUACUUGUGAUUGAGGUGGAAUAGUUUUACCUUGCAUUAGCAGUAGAGCAAUAGUUUGUCAAUGGAAGUGAUGUUUUGAUUGACAGUAUUCUUUUCACAGCAUUUGUGUAAGUUUCAGAGAACUGUUUCUGAGGCUGUAGCAGUGCAAGUAUUGAUGGACCAACGUUUGCAAUUUCAUUUUUCCUUAAAGAAGAAAAGAAAAACGUUCUCCGAUACAGCGUGUUUUGUUAGUUUGUGUCCUCAGUUCGUGUGCGUCCUGAGGGGAUCUUUCAUCGCAAAGUCUGUAGAACUUCAGCGUGGCUUGGCUUGGCUUGGCUUGGGCACGUUUUCAGUUGGAAAAGCCUGAACCGAAGGAAAAGGUGAAAGAAAGCGAACGGGACACCAUUUCGCGCGAUGGAAGCAAACCUAAGGUGUUUUCUCUACCGCGGGUUGUAGAGGGUGGUUAUACUUGGGGAGCGAUCGCUAUAUCCGAGACAUCGUCAUAACAGGGAUCGUUUAACCGAUUUCAGUUGGACAGUCCACGGACUUUCGCGGAAAGAUCCCCUUCGAAGGAUUUUGGUGAAGAACACUUUUGGUGCUAUGUUUGUUUCUUGUGUAUCGCGAGAUUAAUUUAUUUCCUUUGUGCAAGUUGGAAGGUCAUCACAUAUCCUCCCCGGUAGGGUAGACAUAUCUUGUGAUGAUGGCAACGAAAGUACUUUGUAUCGCUCACUGGGAAUUCACUCGAGAAGAUAUUUAUCACUACAUGGCAAUCAUGUUUCCAAUACCCUGAGUAGACGUCUGUGCCAAUAAUACCACGUUUCGUGAUGCCAAACUGCUUUUCAUCACCAUUUCUUCGGUAGAAUGACACAGUGCAAUAUUUGUGGAUCAUCGAACGAGGGACUGCGGCCAAAUGAUUGAUCGAGGCCAAAAUAUUCUACCUGGGUGGCAUACCAACUCUCCUGUCCCUGCACGCUUUCUGCGGUGCACCUUAUUGUUUGACGUUGCCCAGCGGCUAUCCCUGACGCCCUGCUGAACAGCGGGGUCAGUUUAAUGGGGAGUGCGCGACUGCGAGACUCGCUGCUGUCUUGAAAUCAGCAAAGUAGCACAAUGUAGGGUUUUGCGCACGCAUUGUGUUACGCCGAGGGUGUCGUCUGCUUUCAUGGUGUCGUCUGCUAUCAUGAUGUCGUCUGCUGGCGGAAAUCCUCGUCACCUCUCUCUCGUGGUCACCGUGCUCCUGGUACCUUCUGCAUUCGGAUAAAGUAUUUUCUUCUUUUACGAGCGCUAAAGAGUUAUCGAAAAAGUUCCUCCCCAUUUCCUUUUCCUUUUCAUUUUUUUUUGUCAGCUGAAAAAAAAAAGGCAUGGGCGACGAAAUAAAAUUUAAAAAAGCGAGAGUUCGUUGGCCGUUGGCGCAUCAUUCAGCUUUUCGCGGCAUGGAGCAAAACUUACGUGUGGGCACCGGAGAGCUGUUAUAGCACCUUCAAAUAAUAGUUGUGGUCACAGCUGGAUCAUCUGUUGUUGAAGAGAGUUCUUUCCACUGAAGGAAUAUCAUCUACGAUAUCUUGGUAAAAAAAAAAAAAAGUCUAGUGUUGGAUACAGCUCGAUGUGUGUUAACUUUCAAGUUAGUCCCCUUUUGAGGAUGCAAACGCGCUUCUAUCAAUUCUAGUGUGUGCCUUAGAACGAAGCUUUUUCUGUUUGCUGCUGCAGAAGAUGCACUCGUGCACCGGUUACAAAAAAAAAUAGAGGCACACAUUGAGAAAGGUGUACGCAUCUGAUGUCGGAAAAUAAAGAGUUGCGUAUAAUA